AAAAAAAAUUGUGACGGACAUUGUAUGGACUUGGCAUCCGCUCUAUAAAUAGGCAAAUGGGGUGGUCGUGUGAUUAUAUCAUAUCCACAAAACCUGAGAUCCAAUCCACUGACUUUAAAGCUGAAUUAAGUCUAUCGUGAACAAAAUGGGGAAGUACAAUAUAUCUAUUCCUAGCUCAAAAUCACUACUAGUGUGUGUAUUGUUCGUGUGCUUAUCGCUCUCCCAGGCGGCAGCAGGCAUGAAUGAUGAUCACUUUGUUAAGACUCCAAAUGACGGCGAUGAAAACAUUCAUCAGCAGGAUAACCUCGAGGGUUUCGACCCCUCCAAGAUUGUUGAAGAAUAUAAAACAAGGUUGUCGUCGCCGUCCCUCCUGCACCAAUCGGGUGGCAUAUAUUAUCCCAAUAGAGGUGCCCCGAGUGGACCAGAUCCUCAACAUCAUGGGCGUCCGCCCACCGCCGCCCCCCGGGGAGCACAAACUCAUCAGCCCGAUGCCAUGAUUGAGAUUGAUAUGAAGGUAUCUAGCAGUGGAAAUAAAUGCAUAAUAACCGGAGUGCGUACUGCUGGCCUUUGAAGUGGCUCAUGAUGAAUAAGAUCACUUAGCAGCUAGCUAGCUGAUAUGCUAGCCAGAGCUACUAUAUGUAUAUGUGUGGUAUACAAAUAAUAUGGGACAAGCAUAUAUAGAUGCAUGUGCCGUUUUUAUAAUACUGUAAUAAUUAGCUAUCUCUCUGGCUUGCUGCUCCCUAGUCACAACGUACGUGAAUGUAUAUGUGUGUUAUGCUUAUACAUAGUUUACAUGCUCCUCUGAUUCACAAUCAAAGUCGCACUUUGCUUUU